AUGCUCUCCUCAGCACUCUUCACCGGGGUUCGAAUCCUCGAAGUCAUCAUCGCCAUACCAAUUAUUGGUAUGCUAGGAUGGUUCAUCGAUCCAUACGUCGAUAACAAUGAAACACCGCCAGAUGGUCUUCUUACGCUCUUCAUCGUCUCAAUUCUCGCCUGUGCUUGGGCCUUGGUGACACUCUUCCAAUUCCAUAGAUACCGUAGCAUGUCCGGUCCUUUCAUCGCCGUUGUCGAUAUUGGCUUUGUUGGGGCUUGGAUUGCAGGUAUUUAUCUGAACAGAGGCAUUUCGGAUGCGGAUUGUUCGAGUUUCAGCGCACCUCUAGGACUUAGGGUUGGAGAUAAUAAUUAUUCUGCUGGAGACAGCUGGAGCGCUUCAGUUAAUAGGCCUUGCGCUAUGUUCAAGGCUAGCUGGAUUCUAUCGAUUAUCGAAUGCGUUCUCUUCUUUGUCACUUGCUUGCUGAGCUGGACCCUCUACCGCUCCUACAGGUACGAUACUAGACACGUCCAUAAAGACUAUACCGGAGGACGCAGGAGCGGUAGCACCAGCACUUACUCCUCUCACCGUCGUCACCACAGACACGCUCGUGUCUAA